UGAACCCAGGUCUUCUAGAAGAGCAGCCAGUACUCUUGACCACUGAGCCAUCUUUCCAGCGUUUUCAAGGCUGGAGGCUUUGAUCUGAUGGUCACAGAUGCACUGUGAACCUUCUCUGACAGUGGUCACCUUAAAGCGGAAUGUAGUGGAAGGACAAGUACAUCCUCUCCAAAGGAAAACAGGCUAGAGGAUGCGGGACCUUCAGAAGUGAGCCUCUCGGGGCUCUGGAAUAGGCCGAACACCUGACAAAGAGAAGCUGGACUCCCAUGGCAGGCACAGAGGUGUUGGAGGAGGGAGAGAAAGCCACCAAGGCAGAGUUUAAAAAGAAAGUGGAAGAGAUGGAGUAGGGGGUUCCACUGCUCCCAGGGAAUCUGAAGGAGAGACAAACACUGACGGCAGCAGAACAGGAGGGUCCUCACCAUCUUGGGGGAGGCAUUUACUGAACGUUGUCUCCAAACUAUAAAUGCCUCAUGUAUGGUCUUCCAUCCCUGGUGCCAAAUGGCUCUGGUCACAGCAAGGCUUCAAGAUGGGCAAGGCAGGCUUGGGUGCAGGUGGGAACCUGUGCGUGGUCUUUGACAUGAGCUUCCAGGCUCAGUUCUAGAUUCCAGGGACUGAAGGGUUGCCUCUUCUUCCCUCAGGUUGCGUAUGCUAUGUUGUAGGCCUCAGUGGUCCUAGUUUCUCCCCACAGACUCACCACGGACUGGGACUCCUCAGUAAGUACCUGUGUUCAGGAACACUCAGGUACCCAGAGCUUCCAUGGAGUUGUGACACACAUACAUACACUUUUCAUAAAUAUAUGUGUCUGCAAAAAUAGUCACCAUGGCCCUGCCCCACCACAGGAGCUCAGUCCCCUUUUCUUGCACUGGUUUUAAGUUUUACUUUUCUAUAUGCUGAUUAGACAUUCUAUUUUUAAUUAUAUUAUUUAUUUACUAUUUAUUUGGGCAGCAAACAGUGAGUAUGCUCAGGGAGGCCAGAGAGCAACUCUCAGCAAUUGGCUCUCUCCUACCAUGUGGGGCCAGGGAUUGAAUUUAGGACACCAGGGAUUGAAUUUAGGACAUCAGAUUUGGCUGCAAUUGCCUUUACCUGCUGAGCCAUCUUGCCACCCUAGACAUACUUUCUUCUCCAUAAAGAAAAACAACCAGUAAGAAGAAAAAUGGCAACAAAGUCUAAAAACAAAUUAACAUGCCCUAAGCCCUAGACCGCCCAGAAAAAAGCGACCUGAAUAGGAGCAAACUGAGGGUUAUGGUUUGAAAGCUGCAGCCCGAAUCCUAAAAGGCACGUUGUAGGGCUCAGGCAGGGCCUUCACAGCCCCACAGGUGCAUGCAUCCCGCAUGUUCUCCCUCAGUUCGCUUAGGAGCAAACUCGACCAGGAAAGUCAAUACAGGAGAGCAAUCCACAGGCUCACCUCUCAAAGUACCAUACCCCAAGAACAGAGGAAGCGGAGUUCUCACGCUCAUGAGAAAAGGAGCCCUGGGGUCUUCAAAGGCAGCUCACCAGGGCCACAGAAGCAGCUUCCUAGCAGGCACACUUCAGAGCUGGGUGAAGAAUGCCUGCUUGCUUAUAAAAGGGUCCCACCAUGUUCUGCUCCUUCAGAGGAGAGACGGGGACGCAGCAAGGUAGGAUCAAGAGUGUCCCAGUGGGGCCAUGCUUGCUGCCUCUGCCUUGCGUCUGACACUGCUGCUCUGCUGGCUGGUUGCGCCCCAACCCACCCAGCAUGAGAGACUCUUCCACAGCCGGGACCGUUCGGACCUGGAGCCAUCUCCUCUGAGUCAGGCCAAGCCCAUUGCUGACCUCCAUGCUGCUCAGAGAUUCCUAUUGAAAUAUGGCUGGUCAGAGGUGCUUAGUUCAAAGGAGUCACCAGGGGUCCCUCUGGGCUCCACCUUGGCUCAAGCUGUGCGGAGAUUCCAGAAGGCAAACAGACUGCCAGCCAGCGGGGAACUAGAUUCACCUACACUGGCAGCUAUGAACAGGCCACGCUGUGGCAUCCCUGACACAAGGCUGCCACCUCAGGCUGCUCUGCCAACCCCAUCAGUCCUGGCAACCCCUUUGGGUCUCCGGCCCAGGGCCCGUCAAAAGCGCUUCCUCCAAAUGCUGCUGCCCAAGCCAGGUGGGCAACAUGAGGGCACUUUAGACACUGGGCCUAGGAGGGCCUUCUCCAGGAAGACGCUGACCUGGAGGCUGGUCGGGGAUGCCUACAGCAGCCAACUCUCUGUGGAAGAGCAGAGAUAUAUCUUUCGACUGGCCUUCAGGAUGUGGAGUGAGGUGACACCACUGAACUUCCGGGAGGACCUCACUGCCCCUGGCACUAUGGUGGACAUAAAGCUGGGUUUUGGGAGAGGCCGGCACCUGGGCUGUCCAAGGGUAUUUGAUGGGAGUGGACAGGAGUUUGCACACGCCUGGCACCUGGGUGAGAUCCACUUUGACGACGAUGAGCACUUCACCCCUCUCUCCAGCGACACGGGCAUCAGCCUUCUCAAAGUAGCUGUCCAUGAAAUUGGCCAUGUCCUUGGAUUGCCUCACACCUACAGAGUAGGAUCCAUAAUGCAACCAAACUACACUCCCCAGGAGCCUGCGUUUGAGCUGGACUGGUCAGACAGGAAAGCAAUUCAAAGACUAUAUGGUUCAUGUGAGGGAUCAUUUGAUACAGUGUUUGACUGGAUUCGCAAGGAGAGGAACCAAUAUGGUGAGGUGAGGGUGAGGUUCAACACCUACUUCUUCCGCAAUAGCUGGUACUGGCUCUACGAAAACCGCAACAACAGGACUCGCUAUGGGGACCCUCUCCAAAUCCUCACUGGCUGGCGUGGAAUCCCCGUGCAAAGCAUAGAUGCCUUUGUCCAUGUCUGGUCAUGGGGAAAAGAUGAGCGAUAUUUUUUUAAAGGAAACCAAUAUUGGAGAUAUGACAGCGAGAAUGACCAGGCACACACAGAAGAUGAAGAAGGAAAGAGCUACCCCAAACUUAUUUCAGAAGGCUUCCCCGGCAUCCCUAGCCCCUUGGACACCGCCUUUUAUGAACGGAGGCAGCAGUUAAUUUACUUCUUCAAGGAGUCUCUAGUAUUUGCAUUUGAUGUCAACAAAAACCAAGUACUUAAUUCUUAUCCAAAGAAGAUGAGCCAGGUGUUUCCAGCAGUAAUGCCACAAAACCAUCCAUUCAGAAACAUUGACUCAGCUUACUACUCCUAUGCUCACGGCUCUGUCUUCUUUCUCAAGGGCAACUCAUACUGGAAAGUAGUGAGUGACAAGGACAAACAACACAACUCUCAGCUUCCUCUGAAUGGCCUAUUUCCAAAAAAACCUAUUUCAGAGAAGUGGUUUGAUGUUUGUGAUGUUCAUACCUCUACACUGAACAUGUAACAAGAACAGGAAAAUCAAGACAGUGAUGGGACUCAGAACAGCUCUAAGAGAAAAAGUCAGACUUCUUUGCAAAGAAAACAAACCAGAUUCUUAGUAGCUAAAGCAAAUAUGGCUUCCCAGGCUAAAACUGAACAGGAAAGCAUUACUUGAACCUUAAAAAUAGAUUUAAGGAUCAGCUACUUGGGGAAAAAAUAUCUUUUAGACACAUCAAAUAAUUUACCCUAGAGAAUCCACAUCUUUUCUUUCAACUCCGCAUGACCUCUGCAUCCCAAUAGUGUCACUAGUGGUCAUGGCAUUUUGCAGUGCAGAAAUGACUUUUACAGCACUUAAACUGAAGACUGGUCUAGGCUAGGGCACAGAACUGAAAUUAACUAUACUCCAAAACAUGUCACAAUGAUAUGUUUAACAUUUGACACGAACCAAAGGGCCCCAGUAUGUUUCGUCUUAUCCGGCUGGCACAACAGAUAGUCCUACAUGUCUGCACCCUGCAGUGGUCUCCUGCUGCCAAAUGAAUCAUGUCUGUGCACAUGGCCUGACCCCAACUGCUUGUGGCUCUGCAGAGCAUGGCCCUUCUGGCGCACCCUAAUUAGUUUAGUGGUCUUCUCUUCCCACAAAGCAGUAAACAGUUAACUGUUUAUGUCCUGUAGGCCAGGCCAGAACAAGGCUCUGAAAGCUAGCUGGGUAACUGUAAUUUUCCUAAUCUAGGAUAGGCAUUAUCUUUUAACUUCCACAAAAUAGGGAUUAUGAACACCUUUAGUCUCCACCAUCAGCACUGGCAUCACACACACGCACACAUACACACACACAAUUAGUAUUGAGAUGCUUCUAGUUUUUUUGUUUUUUGUUUUCCCUCUA